AUGGCCGAGGCGCUGGACUUGACGCCUUUGGAGCCUGCGAACGAUGAUAAUCGCUCUGAAACGGCAUCCGAGUCGGACAGUACCGGCUCGUCCCUCGCAUCCUUGAGGUCCAGCAUUCGUGAACAUCGGCGAGAAAACGGCCGUAGAUACCACUCUCUCAGUGAUGGAACAUAUGUUCUGCCCAACGACGAGCAAGAACAAGAACGCCUAGAACUGAGCCAUCGAGUAUGGGAGCUGACUUGGCAGGGCGAUCUGUGCAGAUGUCCCAAGAACAAGUCCGCCAAACGGGUCCUGGACUUGGGAACGGGCACGGGUAUCUGGGCAAUCGAGUUUGCGGAUGACCACCCUGAAGCUACGGUCAUUGGCGUUGACCUGAGCCCCAUCCAGCCCGGCUACGUCCCCGCCAACUGCAGCUUUGAAAUCGACGACAUCGAGAAGGAAUGGACCUGGACCAUCCCGUUCGACUUCAUCUUCGUCCGGCAGAUGAACUCCUGCUUCGCAAGCUGGGAGAAGAUGCUCAAACAAGCUUACGACAACCUCGAACCAGGCGGCUACAUCGAGCUCGUCGACAACAGCUUCCCCCUCGACUGCCAGGACGGCACGCUGGCCCCUGACUCAGCCCUCGCGCGGUGGUCCUCGCUCCUCAUGGAGGCCUGCGCCAAGAUGGGCCGCCCCGUCACCGUGCCCGCGCGCUUCGCGCAGCUGCUGCGCGACGCGGGCUUCGAGGCCGUCGUCGAGGAGCGCCGCGUGUGGCCGCUGCACGAGUGGCCCCGGGAUCCGCACCUGCGCGAGCUCGGGUACUGGACGUACGAGAACGGGCUCGAGUCCGUCGAGGCCUCGGCCCUGGCGCUCUUCACGCGCGUGCUGGGCUGGACGCGCGAGGAGGUGCUGGUGUUCUGCGCCGAGGUGAGGAGGGAGCGUAAGGAGAAGAAGGCGCAUGCGUUCUGGAAUAUAUACUGCGCGUAUGGACGCAAGCCGUUGAAGGAGCAGACCCCCGCCGAGGAACAGACACCUGCCGCAUAA